AUGUUCGCCCGUGCUGCCGCCCGCGCGGUCCCCAAGACCCCUUCCACGGUCGCCCGCCGCGGCUUCCAGACCACCCGCGCCCAGAUGUCCUCGCCCUACCACUACCCCGAGGGUCCCUACACCAACAUCCCUUUCAACCCCAAGAGCAAGUUCUUCGGCCUUGGCUUCUGGACCUACUCCUUCGUCGGCUUCUUCGCCCCCUUCGGCAUUGCUGUUUGGCAAACCAAGAAGCCCAAGGUUUAA